AUGGCCACAAUAAAGCUCACCGAUUUUAUACAAACUCCAUUUGACUUUCUCAUCGUCGGUGGUGGAACUGCCGGUCUCGUCCUCGCAAACCGUCUUUCCGAAGAGUCAGGCAUCCAAGUCGGCGUAAUUGAAGCCGGAUCUCUUAAGCUGGGAGAUCCCAGAGUUGACCUUCCGACAGGAUCGGGUCAGAUGCUAAGCAAUCCUGACUAUGACUGGAAUUUCGAAAGCAUCCCACAGGCCGGUACCAAUGAUAAAGCUUAUCAUAUUCCACGAGGCAAAAUGCUAGGUGGCUCUAGCGGCAUCAACUUUAUGUCUUAUAACCGACCAUCCGCCGAAGACAUUGACGAUUGGGCCCAAAAGCUAGGCCUUAGCGGGUGGACAUGGUCUGAGCUGCUACCGUACUUCGAAAGGAGCGAGCAUCUGGAGCCUAUUAAGCCCAGUGAAAGCUGUCCAAUUGAUCCGAACAUUCAUGGCACUGAGGGGCCUAUUCAUACUUCGAUAGGUCCCUGGCAAGCACCCAUAGAAGAGCCACUUUUGGCUGCGUUCGAUGAGACCUCACGUCUUCCGCGGCCAGCGGAGCCCUAUAAUGGGGCUCAUCUGGGGUUCUACAGGUCCACGUUUACAUUGAACAGAAGCAAAGCGCCAGUCCGGAGCUAUGCGACGAGUGGUUAUCUCGCGCCGAUUAUGGGACGCCCAAAUCUGAAGGUCUUGGAGAACGCACAGGUAUGCCGUAUCGUAUUUUCUGAUGGUUCAGACGGAGAACCCGUCGCGGAAGGGGUUGAACUGCAGCACGAGGGGACUUGCUACGUCGUGAAGGCUAAGAAAGAAGUAAUCCUCAGCGCUGGAUCUAUCCAGAGUCCACAGCUCUUGGAGCUUUCCGGAAUGGGAGAUCCAGACGUCCUCAAAAAUGCAGGGAUUUCGUGUAUAGUGGCCAACACUGACGUGGGCAACAAUUUGCAAGAACACACUAUGUCUGCUGUGUCUUAUGAGCUUGCGGACGGACUCAUUUCAGUGGACUCUUUGUUCAAAGAUCCAGCUCUGCUAGAAGAGCAUAAAAAUCUCUACACCAAAGACCAUUCCGGAGCCUUGUCUGGAUCAAUUAGUCUCAUCGGUUUUACUCCAUAUUCGUUACUAUCUAAUGAGGCUCAGUUCGAUGCCACCAUUACACGUAUUAUGGGUGCUCCGAAUGUGACUGGUGGGCAGUUUGAGCAGAACACCGACUACCAAUGUCAGCAACAGGAAGUUAUCGCCGCACGGAUGAAAAAUCCCAGCUCUGCAGAUAUCCAGUAUAUUGGCACCCCUGCAUUUUUCAAUACAGCAGGCUAUAAGAACUGCGCGACUAUUAUGUCUGGUCCUCCCGUCAGCUACGGCGCAUGCUACUCCAUCAUCGUCAGCAACAUGUAUCCUUUGUCGCGCGGAAGUGUUCACGUACGGACCUCGAAUCCGAUAGACGCGCCGGGGAUUGAUCCGGGGUUUCUGAGCCAUCCGGUGGAUACUGACGUCCUAGCUGCAGCCAUCAUCUUUGCAGAUCGUGUCUUCCAGUCGCCAUCCCUCAAGGACAAAGUUCGUAGGCGAGUAACUCCGCCUGCUGAUCUCAAUCUUUCAAAUGUGGAUGACGUUCGCCAGUUCGUUCGCGAUCACAUAUUGCCCUAUCAUCAUGCUUUAGGGACUUGCGCAAUGGGACAGGUAGUAGAUGAGAGGCUGCGGGUGAAAGGAGUUCGACGUCUUCGUGUUGUUGAUGCCAGCGUUAUGCCGAUGCAAGUCAGUGCCGCUAUCAUGGCUACAGUGUAUGCCAUUGCAGAAAAAGCUUCGGACAUUGUCAAGGAGGACUUUGGGUUUGGUGGCUCGCUGCCUGCUCAUGUGUGA